CCAUCUGUCAUAGGUUACUGCAGAACUCAGGAGGAACCCCGAACAAAGAUCCUCAUGGAUAAUACUACCGAUGAUACCUAUGAUUACUUAAACUACUUAAACAUGACCCUGAAUCCCAACGAGCCGGUGGAUGGCCCUGCUGCUCAUUGGCUGCACCCAGAGGAUGUUGCAGCGCUGAUCAUCUUUGUGGUCGUGUUCCUGGUGGGAGUGUCAGGCAACUCCCUGGUGGUGUGGGUGACCGCGUUCGAGGCCCGGCGGACCAUCAACGCCAUCUGGUUUCUGAACCUGGCGAUAGCUGAUCUCUUGUCGUGUCUGGCGCUGCCCAUCCUGUUCUAUUCCCUUGUGCAACACCACGAGUGGCCCUUCAGCAACCAGGCCUGCCGCAUCCUGCCCUCGCUCAUCUUGCUUAACCUGUAUGCCAGCAUCCUGCUCCUGGCUACCAUCAGCGCAGACCGCUUCCUGCUGGUUUUCAAUCCCAUCUGGUGUCAGAAGUUCCGAGGGGCCCGCCUGGCUUGGCUGGCCUGCGGGGUGGCCUGGGUCCUGGCCCUCCUCCUCACCAUCCCGUCCUUCAUGUUCCGGCAGGUGAACCAUGAGUUCUUCCCACCCAGGACGACCUGUGGUGUUAACUACGGUCCGGAUGGCACCCACAUCGAGAGGGCCGUGGCCAUCCUCCGGCUGAUAGUGGGCUUCGUGUGGCCGCUGCUUACACUCAGUAUCUGCUAUACCUUCCUCCUGCUCCGGACCUGGAGCCGCAAGGCCACACGCUCAACCAAGACGCUCAAGGUGGUGGUGGCUGUCGUCAUCAGCUUCUUUGUUUUCUGGCUGCCCUACCAGGUGACAGGGACCAUGAUAGCCUUGCUGUACCCGUCCUCGCCCAUGUUCUCAAGGGUGCAGAGGCUGGAUUCGCUGUGUGUGUCCUUGGCUUACAUCAACUGCUGUAUCAACCCCAUUAUCUAUGUGCUGGCUGGUCAUGGCUUCCAAGGACGGCUGCGCAGGUCCCUUCCCAGCCUCAUCAGAAACGUGCUCACUGAGGACUCUGUGGGCAGAGAGAACAAGAGUUUCACACGUUCCACGGUGGACACCUCAGUCCAGAAGAGCCAGGCAGUGUAAGGGAAGGCCACCACUGAUCUGGCUGUCUCCUUUUCCAGUCUUUCUCCCCUCUUCUUCUUCCUCCCUUCUCUUUUCUUACCCCCUUCCCUUCUCUCCUCUUCC